AUGGCCUGCGUGUCCUGCACCAAGGCCAAAAGGAGGUGCUCCAAGCAGAUCCCGGCCUGCUCCCGCUGCACCAGGCAGGGCAUCGACUGCAGAUACCCGGCCCCUCGGGUCGCACCCCCUUAUCAUCUCGUCUUUACCGAGGACGGUCAGGGAAUCUCCGCCGUAGCCGCUCCCAUCGGCGGCCAGCCGGUCAACGAAAUCGACGCCUACAUCGCCAACCUCUGGUUCCUCAACCCGACGUCCUGGAACGCCAAACCCGCUCCUCACCUGAUUGGCCGCGUCAGCUUCACCGACCAGGCCCUCCCCCAUUUCGUCGGCCAGCUCCAGCGCUGGGUGGGCCAGUGGACUUCGGACGCCCGCUGCCCGCUGAUCCACGGCCAGCUCUUCGCCUCCGACCUGCCCCUCAUUGUGCAGGACGCCUUCACCGCCGCCGUCGCCUACCAGUCACGUACACCCGCCAUGGGGCGGGCUGUCCUCCGCAUCGUCGCAGACCGUGCCACCAGGUUAGUCCAGCAGCAGCAGCAGCAGCAGCAUGAUGAGUCGACCCAGGCGUCCGCGCCCCAUGCCGCCGCGGGGGUCGAAGGGUCCGAGGGAGCGGAGAAUGAGAACCUAGGGAGCGUCAUGCUGGAUACCACCACGCACCUUCAGCGUACGGCCGCCCUGGUCAUCUACACCAUUAUUUGUCUCUUUGACGGGGACAUUCGAUGUCGUGCCGAGGCCGAGGAGAGGCUUGAUCUCCUCAUUGCUUGGGCGUAUCAGUUGCGCGAGAGCGCCUCCUUGGAUGUCGCUUGCCAGAUUGACUGGGCUGUCCCGUACCUCGGCGAAGGGACCAUCACCACCGCCACCGCCGCCACCGCCGACGUUGAGCACGUCUGGCAGGCGUGGAUCUUUGCCGAGUCGGUCCGCAGGGUGUACACGACCGCCUUGCUCAUCGUCACGACCUACCGGAUCAUGAAGCAGGGCUGGACCGAGUGUUUCGGAAGCCUCCCCGUCAGCGGGGCCGACGGUCUAUGGGAUGCGCCGUCUGCUUACACGUGGCUCGCCAAGCUCAGGGAGAAAAAGGGGAACAUGAGCAUCGUCCAGGUCGCCGAUGAGAAUCUCUUGCUGACUGGGUUCAACCCAGCUGACCUGGACGAAUUCGCCCGCGCCGUCCUCUCGGUGACUUGUGGUUUGGAGACACUGGAGCGAUGGAGUGCCAACGCAGGAUGA